AAUAAGAGUGAGAGAGAGAGCAGGGGAAGCCAGGAUUUAUAUAUGUAUAUAUUUAGAUGUAUAUAUAUAGUAUACGCGUCAAUGCAGAAGCUGAGGGGGGAACGAGGAAUGGCACGGUACAGGCCAUAGGAGUAGGAGCAUCGGCGGCAGCGCAGCUCUCGACAGCUCGACCAGCACAGCUCGACUCAUGGCCGGGGGACUCGGCACGAGAACCCAAACGAGACCAAGAUCAUCAGUGGCAACUCGACGCCCGCAUCGAACGGAAAGCGAGUUCCCGCGUGCAUUUUGUAAACGCGAGAAAAAACGUAAAGAAUACUAAUGUUUUACCGUAGUGAGAAAUAAAUAAAAAUAAUAUAUUAUCGGGCUUGAUGUCGCUACUGGUUGAGAAAGUAAUCGGUUCGAUCGCGUCAAAAGCAGGAUGAAAAGAAAGGAGGAAAUAAAAAAUGAAAAAACUCGUAUAAUAGCGGAGGAUUAAAAAUUAUUUGCAGCAGUGAGAAACAACAUUUUGUUUUCUCUUCCUGUGUCUCCUUGCGCCGCAGAGCUGCUGGCUAUAUAUAUUUAAACUUGUGCACGCGUGUACAUAUGUAACUGGGAUGAAAUUAAAUUGAUGCGUCGUCGUAGCUAGAGCAAAGCGGAGGGAGGAAAAUACGAGAAGGUGUGUGUGAUUCGGUGCGCGGAGCAGAGAGAAAGAACAAUUUCGAAAGCAGAAACGUCAAUUGAGUUAUUUGUUAUUGUCAUCGUCGUUUCACUCCGUUGGGCAGUUAGCACCCACGUAGUACUCGCGAGAGGAGGGAGACUCUCAAUGAAACGUCGUAAUUUUUCGUAUCGACGACAGCCGCAAACGCGUACCGGAAGUGCUCUGCUCUCUCUCUCUCUCUCAUCUCUUGCAUGAGUUUCAAAAUAAACAGACACGAAAGCGAUAACAGAUAGAUGUAUGUAUACGCGAACUUGCCGUAAGGUAAUACACAACACCGAGGUUAUUAGACGUAUAUGGCACACGCUUCGCGCACAAAGUUCAACGGAAUAACCAACCGGGAAAGAACCAACGACGACAGAGGUUUCUCUCGUUUAAAAUAUAUUAAUUUUAAUACGAUAACCGUUGAUCGCUUCGCAAUGAAAAUAAUAUUUAUUUGAAAUAAUUCGAUGCCGAGCCGUUUAUUGGCGAAACCGCCCAAGUGAAGAAUAUGAUGUAAUAAUCGCAUUGAUAAAAUAAUCAAGAUUCGCGCGGAUUGAACUGGUCAUAAAAAUAAUAUAAUUGUAAUAUAAUUAGCAUCGAGGAUUCUCGAAAAGAAAUAUUUACACGAGAAAUCGCGGAUGACAGCUGUCGCAAGAAUUUAUCAGCAUAUAUGCUGCGAGAGCAACGCCGCCGAUGAUAUUAUGUUGCUUAUGAUGAUGAAAAUAAUAAUAAUGUCACACGCAGCAGCAGCGGCAACGGCAGCGGCAGCAGAAUUUAGGAUGAGAAAAGAGGAACAGGAAAUUUUCGCUCGGAGCGAAUGAUCGUGGAGCAGGAAAUUGUGUUAUUUCUCAUACCAUUAUCAAUGCGAAUGGCCGGAGAUAAAAAAAAAGAGAAAGAAAAAUUACCGUAAAAAAAAUCCAUCUUGUACAAACUUGUUCGUGGCGUGCGUGUGUGUGUGUGUGUGUGUGCGCGUGUGUGUGUGCAUCGCGCGCGCGCGCGCGCAUAUAUUCGUGGAAAGUGAAUAGAGAAAGAGAGAGAGAGAGAGAGAAGCAACGACAACGCCGUUCUCCUUUUUUUUCUUAUUUCCUUUUUAUUCUUGCACGUCUGCUGAACGUGGGAUAAACGAUUAUUGAGGAAAAAAUCUACGAAAACUUGUCCAAUUUAUAUCUUCGCUAUGGAUAUUGAGGAAUAAUAAGCAAUGUCCGGAGGAAUCGAAUGUCGUAGGAGCCGAGCGUAGGUGCGCGUCGGAACGGGGGUGUAAUCGAAAUAGGAUCGAAAAGGUUCCAAGUAAACGCGGAAUAAUAUGUUGUUGAGAACGGAGAGAAGAAAAAUGAGGAUUGAACGGAUCGGUGGGCGCGGAAGAAUAAAAAUCGAGAUUCUCGUGAUAAUUUUAUUAGUGGGAAUAAUAACGUUUCGUAAAACAUCGGAAGCUGCACCUGCGACAACGCCUAAUUCAGAAUCUGUGGCGGGACGAGAAGACGCGUAUCAGCGGCCUCAACGGGAGGAACAGCGGAAAAAGUUAAGCAAAGAUUGGUCAAUUGGGAAUCUGCCAUUGGGAAAUGAUGAAAACGCGGAAGUUGGUAAUCCGAGCGAACUGGCCUGGCAAGCUUGGUUAUUGGUAGAUUCCAAUACCAAUCCGCAGAGUUCCGGCGGAGUCUUGGAUUCGGCGAGUUUAUUGCGUCGUAUAACACCCAAAAGUAUAUUUAUUGCUCCCGCAUUGACCGCAUGCGCGGAUGGUUAUCAGGCUGAUACGAUGAACAGAUGCGUCAAAGAUAUUAGCAUCGACAGUCAGGCGCACAGAGGAUUUUUGGUCGAGCGAUUGAACGCUAUUUUUGGAAACGCAGCCAAGCCUCAAUUUUCCAUUUCAUCCUCGUCGUCGUCGUCGUCGUCGUCGUCGUCGCCGCCGCCGCCGCCGCUCUCGUCGGGCUCCUUGCCGAGCGGUCCGUUGCAACUCAACAUACCCCUUUUCAUGCCAACAGUCUCAAAACAAAGUUCCCAAAAACCAGCGAGAGAAGCGGGAUCGUUGAUCGAAAACAAGUCCAACAGCGAGGAAAAAACGAGUUUCCAAGAGGAGGAGAAUGAAAAUUCAAAUAUUUCACCAUUAUUAAAUGGUGGUGGUGGUGGUGAAAAAAACAUUUCUCAAGAAGCAGCGAGCGUUUACGAGGAAAUGAAAAACGACGACUCCGUUGUUGAGAUUAAUUCUACGGUAAUAAUCGAUCAAACGGAUGAACCUUUGAAAAUUAACGAUUCAAAAAGAAGGGGGGAGCAACAUAAUAAUAGCGAGAUUUCUCUUUCCGCUCCGACGAUGGUUCUUCUCUUAUCCCCGAGUGGAGCGAAUCGGGCAACCUCUUCGAAUUCCGGUGACAAUGAGGUCAUAGUACCCCACGACUCGAGCCUCGGCCGAGUCAUAAUAAAAAUGGAAAACAUAACCGGGAACGUAACCGGCAACGAAAUAAUAAGGCUGAGCGUGUCCGAGAGCAUCGCAAAUACGACAACGACGACGGCUGCUGCAACGGUAAAAACCCGAAAAAGCACUAAAAGCCCGGACAACACCGAAAUGACAACAUCCUCCGUUUCCGAUGAAAAAAAAUACUCUAUCGGGGAAGAAUUUUACGAUGACGAAUCGACUGAAAUUUACGACGAUGACGAUGAAAUAUUUCAACACGGCGAGGCGGCUGCUGGUAAGGCGGCGGUGACAUUUACGAGUAUCGGUGAAAAUAUAACUCCCGAAUUUAGCCGAAUGAAUCCUCAAUCAGGUACGACGAGUAUCGAGUUCCGGAAGCCGAACGAUGAGAAGCAGGGCAAUAUAUCAAGCCGAGUCAGCAUAAGCGCAGACUUUGUACGUGAAACGACUCUUGUCGAUUUCCCCGAUCGUCCGACGACGAUAUCAAUGAGGAUGAAUUUGUCGAGCUCGAUCGUAGAUCACGAGUCAACGACGAGUAAAUCGUCGAUCGACGACGAUCCGAUAACGACCGACAACGAUAGAGAGGAACAAAUAUAUUCCGCAUACAAUUUCACUAGCGUUGAUCGGCGACCCGUUUCGAAGCUUCAAAACGAUUCUUUCUCCGGCGUUGUAACGGGUCAAUCGAAGGAUCAUCGCUAUUCCUACCCGAAUAAUAAUAAUAAUAAUAAUAAUAAUAACAACAACAACGAUUCGGUUAAUCCGGUACGUGGAAUCGAGCAACUUGUCGAUUCGUCGAGCGAAAAAAGUGACGACGCUGUUGAAAGUAUGAUAGCGGCGGCUUCGACCAACCUCGCAUUCGCCGCAAGCCUCUCAUCUACUGAAAAAUCCGUCGUAGCCCAGCAGCAGGACGACGAUAAAGUAUUCGAAUUAUCGACUUAUGAAAUUCCAACCGGGGAUGAUGACUCGAAUCGGGCUAACGGCGCUCAUAUUGAUGCCGCUGGGAUCCGCCGGAACAUUGUACCAGCACCGAUAAUUGGCACGAUCGAUAACGUUAAAUUUCCAAAUAAUGAGAUUAAGGAAGCACCCGGCGGCGAGGGCUCUGCUGUCGGUCUCACGAAAAAUGAUGUAAAAUUUUCUUCUUCGGAGGAGGCAAACGGUAUCUCGAACGAUUAUAAGGAGAGAAAUGGUCGUCCUUAUACGAGGAAACACGAUAAAGAAGGAAUAUACUACAGCGGAGAAACAGAGGAAAACGCCGGAGUACAUUUGUCAGCGGGUCAACGAGGCGAAGAAUCGUAUUGGUGGCUACCGAAUGGGCGGUGGCCCAAUCAAGACGAGCAACGGCAACCCCCGGCAUCGAUAAACAACCCAUCGUCCAAUAUCGUUCAACGAUCGAGCAGGGAUAAGACACCGAUGUUGCUCAAAUUUUGGACCAAGAUGCCGCUCCUCAGAGAUCCGAGUUUAUCAUAUACGACGCGUUCAGAUUCGUCGAAACAAUAUCGUCUACGGGACGUCUUGAAAUCUGAAAUUUUGGCGCGCGGUCAAACGAAAGGAGUUAAUUACUAUUACGGAACAGGUGGAAUCGUCAAACGCGAUACCGAACGAGUAUUCUCAGUGAAUGACGAAUCACUGAUCUGAAUUGAGAGUUAUCGCGUGUACCCAAGCUUUCGACGGACCGAGGAAAUACCUUUUUUUAUUUAUUUCCGUAAAAACGCUCGAAAGACGAAAGUGCACCGCGCGAGAUGGAACAAUAGCGAUGGAGCAUAAGCGACGUAAUCUGCGCCCCCGUAUUUUAUGUGUGCGCGGGUGUGUUGGCGGCGAGCGGGGAGUAAUUUUAAAAAUUUUAUUAUUCAAAGAGCGAAGUAUAAUGAUGAUGAUGAUGAUGAUUUUGACAGGUCGUGGCAAUAUAUGAUGUAACGAGUUUAUCGUGGACAACAGACUGAUAAUAAUGUAUUAUUGUAUAAGAAUCGAUAUAUUAUUCGAAUAGAGACGUAUUGUUAUUUAUAACGCGCGGAACAAAAACAGAAGUUGAGAAACAGAAACUGUUGCUACUAUUUGGAAACGCACGACGCGCAAUCAACGCUUUUUCGUGACGCGUUCGAUAAUAAUCAAUUGAGAGUAUCGAAUCGCAAUCCGAGCUAUAUUGACAAAAAAACAUAAAAAUGAAUAUACUGCUCGACUUAUUUGUCAAGUUACGUGAUGAUUCGCACGUAUAUGUAUGUAUGUAUGUAUGUAUGAAUUAACGAAACGAGCCAAACGGACAAAAACAAUACAAUGAUAUACCGAUAUAACUUUGAGAUAGAGACACUUGGAUUUCGGUUACGUUUGAAAUUUGUGAAAAUUUUUCGCAUCGGUUAUAAAAUAAUAUACUAAUAUUAUUCUCAA